AUGGAUGUUUGCUACAUACCUUUGGAAUUACAAAUAGAAAUAAUCAAAAGGCUUCCUAUAAAAACAUUGAUUAGAUUCAGAUUAGUUUCAAAGCCUUGGAAAUCCAUCAUUGAAAGCUCUGACUUUAUCGCUGAUUACAACAUCCACACUCAUCAUUAUAAUCACCAACAGUUACUUGUAAGUUUGUAUGAUACGGAUUACGCAUAUACGUUCGAUGAUGAUAAUAGUUUCCCUCAACACAAGUCCUGCCUUAUUCCUUCCCUAUUAAAUGAUAAACCAUUCACCUAUAAGAUGAUCGGUUCCUCGCAAGGCUUGUUUGCAAUUUACAGGUAUCAUGAACACAAUAAACGAGAUGUUGUUAUUUGGAAUCCGUCAAUUAGGAAAUGUGUUGAGAUACCCAUCCCUAAUGUGUUACAAACUGUUGUUGGUUUCGGUGUUUGUAAUACAACUGACCCUAUAAUUCUCAAGAUUGAUUUCAUUAGCAUUCCGUGGCAGGUAGAGCUUUUUAAGUUGAGCACAAGGAAGUGGAGACGUUUGUCUAAUACUUGUUUUCUGUCUGGUAAAUCAUUUCACUUUCAUCAGAAAGCGGUAGUAACAGAGAGAUUCAUCUAUUGGAUUGGUUUUUAUAAUACUCGGUUUGUUUUUAAAAAACUGAUUUUGUCAUUUGAUAUGAUCAAUGAAAAGUUUGCUGAAAUAUCCCUCCCACCUAGUCUACGAGAUGCCUCUCUUCAAAAUUUGAAUUUAUCCAAGCUUAGGGAGUCUCUUGUUCUGCUUGAAACCAUACACACAAGGAAAAGAACAGAAUACGAGGUAUGGAUGAUGAUGGAGGAGGAUGGUGUUCGAAACAUGUUUAAAAAACUAUAUACUGUCAAGGCGCCGGACGCUUCAAUAGAAAGGGUACUUGGAUUCAGGAAAAAUGGCCAACCUAUAAUUCAAUUGCAAAAUCCUUUUAAACAUGAGCUUCUCGUUUAUGAACCGGACUCGGAGCUCUUUAAUCGGAUUGGCAUUGAUGGAUAUGGUUAUCAAUGCUUUGCAGGCUCAUACAUGGGAACCCUACAUUUGCUUGAUCAAUGA